AUGUUACCCACAUUGGUGAUUCUUGGCCUCAGUGCCGUCGCCAACGCGCACGUCGCCGCCUGGGCGAAAGGAAUGUACUGUCUGAACGGCACCUCCGGCACUGAUGACCCCAACACCAACACGGCCGUCAACCCCCUAUACAUGCUCGAUCAGUCCGACUGGUGGUUCCAGCACGACCGUAGCUGCGACAGCUUUCCCCCCGCAGACGGCGAUUUUCUCGAGCUUCCUGCCAACGGACAAUUCACCGUGGAGCUGGCGCACAACCGCGCGCAGACGACGCUCUCGUACAAUGGCCAAUACGCGGGUGAGUGGCCCGACGGCAACGACCACCCUGGAGAUUGGUCGGGUCCCGGAAGCCCCCCUGACUGCAUCCAGGAUGACGGGGCGAUGCACACGCAGAAUCAAUCCAUGGCUGCAGGAACGGCAUUCGCGAUCAGCUAUCAGAGCGACUCGACCCAGGUGACGAUAGAGAACCUUGUUGUCUUUAGUGUUUUGGAGCACACCCCGUGGAAGAGACUGGCUACGUACGACGUGCCGGACCUCCCUGCCUGUCCGCCUGCAGGCUGCACCUGCGCUUGGCUUUGGGUUCCCAACGGUUGCGGACAACCUAACAUGUACAUGCACGGUUUCAAAUGCACCGUGACGGGAGCCAGCUCGACCAAGACUCUUGCUGCGGCACAAGCUCCUGUCUACUGCGGUGACGACUCAUCGAAAUGUGUCAAGGGCGCCAAGCAGAUGAUCGCAUGGAACCAACAAUCCGGUAACAAUGUGGAAACCCCCAGUGGGGUCAGUCCCGCGUACAGCAGCGUCUUAGGGUGGGAGAGUGGUAUGAUCAUUUAUUGCACCUAA